CCUUCCGUCGAGGCCACGCCCCUUCCGUCGAGGCCACGCCCCUCCGCUCCAGACCCGGAGAUCAUGGUGGUGCUAAAGGGCGUUCCGGCGCUGCUGUCCCCUGAGCUGCUCUACGCCCUGGCGCGGAUGGGGCACGGCGACGAGAUCGUUUUCGCAGACGUGAACUUCCCCACCGCCUCCAUAUGCAGGUGUGGGCCGGAGGAGAUCCGCGCUGACGGCCUGGGCAUUCCACAGCUCCUGGAGGUUGUGCUGAAGCUGCUGCCACUGGACACCUACGUAGAGAGCCCGGCUGCUGUCAUGGAGCUGGUGCCCGGUGACAGGAAGAUCGGCCUUCAGACCCCGGUGUGGAAGAGCUACCAGUCCAUCCUCCUGGAGGCCGGCUGCGCGAGCGCCCUGGCGAAGAUAGAGAGGUUUGAGUUUUAUGAGCGAGCCAAAAAGGCUUUUGCUGUUGUAGCAACUGGCGGCCCCAGGGGACCCCCGGACAAACACCACUGACCCCUCCACCGCCCAAGAGCUAUGGCCAGGCACCCUCCACGGAACCCAGACCCGCCAGCCAGGCAACCGCCCCUGCUCCGCCGCAUCCCUGAGCUAUAGGGGCUCAGGAAGGUCGGAGAGUCCCUUGGGUGGCGUCCUAAGGAUGUCCCCUGAGAAAACAUCUUGGCCCAGCCCUGCGUCGUGGAGUCCUGGAAAACUUGGGCAAGAGCUCCCUCCUGUCCCAGAGGCCAGGCCUGUGCAGGCUGGGGAGUGGCUGUCUGUCCUCUGGCCUGGCCUGGCGUGGCCUGGCGUGGCCCUGGGGCAGAAGCCAGCCAGGGUUGCCUCAUUGGAGUGCAGGGAAAGGGGCAUGGCUUAGAAGCGCCUCUGUGGGUGGCUCAGUGGGUUAAACUUCUGCCUUUGGCUCGGGUCAUGAUCUCAGGGUCCUGGGAAUGAUCCCCGAAUCGGGCCC